AUGCGGUUCAGCGGUCUCUUCUCUGCCCUCGCGGUCGUCUCGGCGGUGUCUGCGCAGUCCUACAACGCGCAGUCCAUCACGAAUGCGAUGUCGUUGACUGCGCAGAACCACUACGGCGCGCCGACCCCUCCCUGGGUCACCGGCCACACUCCGGGCUGGUACUACGGCCAGCACGGCCCGCCCGAUGGAGUGAUCCUCUUCCUGGAAGGAAUCCUGUGCGAGCUGCUCGACCUCUUCCCGUUCUGCCUGCACUGCCCGAGCCCGCCCAAGGCGCCGCCGCACGGAUCGCCGCCGCCGCCGCCCGAGUUCAAGCAGUCGUUCUACAACCUGACGUGCGCGGCGCAGGACGCGAGCUACAUGACCUACGGCCUGGUCGACACGGUGGCCGACUGCCAGACGAUGUGCGACACGGUGCCGGGAUGCAACUUCUACAACUCGUACCACGACGUGAACGGGAAGAACGGCAGCCCGCAGCUGACGUGCGCGCUCUUCUCGGCGUCGUGCCUCAACGCCACCAGCGCGGACAACUGUGGCGGCCAGACGCAGCCGGACGGCAGCAUCGACUAUAUCAUCAACUCGGACGGGUACUGCCGCAACACGCCGUCGAAGCCGUCCAACCCCUACAACCCGUACAAACCCACCCACGGCUGGUAA